GCCCUGAGCGUCAGCGAGCCCGGAGAUGUUGAUGAAAGUGGUCAGGAGGCGACUUUAACAGUCAGCUCCAAUGAAUCUGCCUCUCCUACUCACAUCUCCCAAUUCACUGACCAGACGGGGGGUGAAUCUGGUGAAUCUGAUGGCAAGGAGGCUGCUCUUGCACUCACAGCUGCUGAGUUGGAGGACCAAUUUGAUUCUCAAAUUGACCGCGAGAAGCACCCUGAGCUCGCGUCGAUCCUCGACCAAAUCAACGCUGAAUGCCGGGAGGGCCAGGCCGCGAAGACUGAUAGUGUGGAUGGGCUCACCCCAGAACAGUACCACAUUACCUUGGCGGAGCAUUUUCUUCGACCUGAUGUUCCAGCCGGCUAUGCAGCUAGCGCAGAGUCAAUGUGGGCGAAUCCGCCAUCACCUUUGCCGAUCGUCAAUGUUUGCGUACGACUUGAGACCUGUGCGCUUGACUUCACACAUGUCUUGGACGCGGCUUGGAAGAAGAGGAAGGGGCCUCCUUCUGAAUCCAAGCACGCCAAGGAGAGCAAGUCUGAUCCUACAGUUGCUGAAGCGCCAGGCCAUAUGUGA